AUGUAUGCUAUCGCGAGGAACACCUGCACCACGAGUUGAUCGAGUGCAGCGAUCUUACAUAUUACAGCAAAUUGACUGUUUUUCGGCAUUAUAAUCAGUUUAAACAUGUACCAUUGCUAAGUAAUGAUACAUGCCGACAUGUUGUGACAUUGGCGUUGACGAUCGUGGCUCGUUCUUCUGACGGAGUCGAUUGAUGUGCCAAGAUGCCUGUAUCACUAAGUGAGUGGAGGGUCCGAAUUGGAACAUUCGUUCAUUGGAUUAGGGAAUAUGAGGUUAAGGAGAGGAGAGAAAGAUUACUUAAAGAAAGGAUUCGAAGACUGAAGGUUCUUUGCGAGAGACUUGAAGCGAAAAUUGGUGAUCCUGGAGAGGAGUCCGAAGAUGACAAAAGCAGACAAGAUGGCCCUGAUCGCAAGGGAUGUCCUCAUAAAACUUUGAACAUUUGGUCGUCAGGAAACUCAUCAGAUAUCAAGGAUUUAUUAACUUCAUGUGAUCAGUGCAUACAAGAUUUAUUAACACCAAGUGAUUCUCAUAUCAAAGAGUUACUCACCCCUUCUGAUACAUGUGUUAAACAAUUGCUGACACCAAGGAGAGAAAGAUUGCAAAGGAUUCAGAGACUGAAGGUUCUUGUCGAGAGACUUGAAGCGAAAAGGGGUGAUUCUGGAGAAGAGUCCGAAGAUGACAAAAGCAGACAAGAUGACCCUGACCCAAAGGGAUGUCCUCAUAAAACUUCAAACAUUAGGUCGUCAGGUAUCAAAGAUUUACUAACUUCAUGUGAUCAGUGCAUACAAGAUUUAUUAACAGCAAGUGAUUCUCAUAUCAAGGACAUACUCACUCCUUCUGGUUGUAGGAUCACAGAACUUAUUACUCCAAAUGACUGUAGCAGUAAAAGUCAAAACACAUUGAAUGAUUCGACUACCAAAGAUAUAAUCACACAAAAUGAUUCUGGUCUCAAAGAGUUAGUAACAACAAAUGAUUCUAGAAUUACAAAUCUGGUCAAGGCAAAUGACUACUCUAGAAUUCAAGGUCUAUUCAAGGCAAAUGAUGAUUCAAGAAUCCAAGAUCUACUCGCAACAAACUAUUCUAGUAUCAGGGAUCCAAUUACACCAAAAUACUGUAGUAUAAAAGGUGUAAUCGUAUCCAAGAAUGCUGGCACUAAACCACUUGAUACGCCAAAUGAUUCGUUGAAUGCUUCCAGUAUCAAAGAUCUCAUUACACCAAAUGAUUCUAGCAUCAUAGAUCUAAUCACGUCAGAAUAUUCUGAUGUCAAGGAUUUAAUCACAUCAAAUGUUUCAAAAAUCGAUAGUCUACUAAGUCCAAAUGAUACCAACAUUAAACAGCUGAUAAAGCCGGACGAUGACUACAUUCAAGAGCAGCUUGCACACGCUUAUGAGUAUGUAAACACAGUACAUACGCGUCAUAGUCUGUCAGACGUUUCCUUGAGGGAGCUACUGACAUCCUCCUAUCCGUCCACGAAAUACUUUCAGACUUCAAAUGAUGAUUUGAAUGCUGAUCUCAUCAUAAAGACUUCUUACAUCAAAGACCAUGAAACCCAAUCAGAUGGCUCUGUGACAGAGCUAUCACCUGGUUCAGGAACCACAAUAUGCCGACCAUUUGCACCAUGUGAUGAUUUCCUUGUGGAGGUCCUAAAAUCAACUGUGACUGUAAGCACAUAUCGUCCUUCAAUUGACCUACACGUAUGUUGCCAUGCACCUGACAGACGAAAUGGGCCAUUCUCUGAAAAGAGUGGCAAACUACCUCAUGUCGUGGGGCAAGAGCGGCAUCCUCAAUCUGAUACUUUGACCAAGGAAGCAACUGAUGAUGAACUCCUCAAGAAGCAUCAGACAUCAUCGGGGAGCUUCGAGAAGUCACAGACUAAAACCCGUAUUUGCACGGCAGGCAGAUGCAGCCCGGUGGUUCCAAUCGUCUCAAGAAAAAACUGCAUCAGUGACAGACAUGAAGAGAUGGGAGAUUCUUGUCAUGGACCGUCCUUGAAGUCAAAGACAGAUUUGAUCUCUGUACAGAUUCCUCCUCUCUCCGAACUGCUCCUCUUGAAAUCUGGUGAUGUAGAGCUCAACCCAGGCCCUCGUGAAGCAGCUGGGUGGAGCUUGGAUUUAGAGAGAGAGUUGCUGUCAUUGGUCAAAGACGUUUCUCCAACACACUACCACGACUUGUGUAAUGCUCUCGAUGUCUCCUACGCACAAAGUAAAGUGAUUUUAACGAAAAACCACUUUGAUGUGUCCAAUGCAUUGUCUGAAGUCAUCUUCAGCUGGAGAGACAAGCAAAAGGAUGGCACCAAUUACAAGAUACUUCUAGCUGAAAAACUCAGGAGUGUACAUUUAGAUGCAUUGGGAACAAAACUAGUAGAAGGUGGAUACUCGACACAAGACACCCCAAUUCAGGGUGAGUAUACAUGA